AUGCAGAUCACCAAUAUCUUCGUUGCCGCUCUCGCCGCCGGCUCUGCCACGGCCGCCUCCGUCUCCUCCCGCGCUGCCCGCCGCAGUGCCCCUGCCUCUUGCCAACGCUUCGGCGCCAACGAGGCCCUUUUCUCUGCCUCUGUCUCCGGCGACUACGAUCAGACGCAGUCUCUCAGCUUCAACGUUGGCCCGACCAGCGCUGGUCCCUGCUCGCUCAUCGGCCAAUUCAACCAAGGCUUCCCUAUCAGAGUCAAGAACCCUGAGCACUCCCGCCUUGACGUUCGCAACGCCGACGGCGCGCUCAUCGGCUCCUUCCCGCCCCUCAAGCUUGAGACCACCGACGGCGUCCUCUACACCGUCGCUGAGACUACUGUUGUUACCAUCAACAGCUUCGCAUGCCAGCCUACCUUCGACUUUGAGUUCUCCCUCGCCAACGACGCCGGUAUUGACGACUACGCUUUUGUCUUCUUCGAGCGUAACACCGAGGGCGGCUUCUUCAUCCAGGCUGGUGACCAGUGCAACCAGUAA